UCCUUGCCCCGCCCCGUCAUUGUCCCCAUCCGCGUCUUUUCCCUUACGUCCCCAAAGCUUUGAGAGCUGCUGGCUUCUCCUGGUGCUCCGAGUCUCUCCACCUUCGGUGGGUCAGACGAGCAGGAUGGAGGGCUGCCUGGGGGAGGAAUCUUUUCAGAUGUGGGAGCUCAACCGGCGCCUGGAGGCCUACCUGGCCCGGGUCAAGGCGCUAGAGGAGCAGAAUGAGCUGCUCAGCGCGGAGCUCGGGGGUCUCCGGGCACAGGCCGGGGAUGCCUCCUGGAGGGCUCGUGCCGACGACGAGCUGGCGGCCCUACGGGCCCUCGUCGACCAGCGCUGGCGGGAGAAGCACGCGGCCGAGAUGGCGCGCGACAACCUGGCAGAAGAGGUGGAGGGCGUGGCGAGUAGGUGCCAGCAGCUGCGGCUGGUCCGGGAGCGGACCGCGGAGGAGGUGGCCCGCAGCCGGCGUGCGGUCGAGGCCGAGAAAUGCGCCCAGGCCUGGCUGAGCACCCAGGCUGCGGAGCUGGAGCGCGAGCUGGAGGCUCUGCGCGCGGCGCACGAGGAGGAGCGCGCCGGCCUGAACGCGCAGGCUGCCUGCGCCCCCCGCGGCCCCGCUCCGCCCCGGGGUCCCCCCGCGCCGGCCCCCGAGGUGGAGGAGCUGGCUCAGCGGCUGGGCGAGGCGUGGCGUGGGGCAGUGCGCGGCUACCAGGAACGCGUGGCGCACAUGGAGACGUCGCUGGGCCAGGCCCGCGAGCGGCUGGGCCACGCGAUGCAGGGCGCCCGCGAGGGUCGCCUGGAGCUGCAGCAACUCCAGGCAGAGCGCAGCGGCCUUCAGGAGCGCAGGGCCGCGCUGGAGCAGAGGCUGGAGGGCCGCUGGCAGGAGCGGCUGCGGACCACUGAGCAGUUCCAGCUGGCCGUGGAGGCCCUGGAGCAGGAGAAACAAGGCCUCCAGAGCCAAAUCGCCCAGGUCCUGGAAGGUCGGCAGCAGCUGGCACACCUCAAGAUGUCCCUCAGCCUGGAGGUGGCCACAUACAGGACCCUCCUAGAAGCGGAGAACUCACGGCUGCAGACCCCUGGAAGCGGCUCCAAGACUUCCCUCAGCUUUCUGGACCCUAAGCUGGAGCUACAUUUCCCUGGGACCCCAGAGGGCCGGCGUCCGGGACCUCUGCUUUCUGUCCUGAGCCCUACUCCCCUCUCCUCACCUUUGCCUGGUACCCUGGAAACACCUGUGCCAACCUUUCUGAAGAGCCAGGAAUUCCUUCAGGCCCGCACCCCGACCUCAGCCAGCACCCCCAUCCCACCGACCCCUCAGGCUCCCUGCCCUGCUGUAGAUGCCGAGAUCAGAGCCCAGGAUGCCCCUGUGUCCCUGCCCCAACCGCGUGUUGGGAGGCAACAGGUGCCAGAAGUCAUGUGGGCUGAAGCCAAGGUGGCUGUCCCUGCCAGCAUCCUGCCGGGACCAGAGGAGCCUGGGGGCCAGCAACAAGAGCCCAGUCCAAGCCAGUCCCCUGAAGAUCGUGCCUCCCUGGCUCCAGCCCUCAGCCCUGACCGCUCCAGUCUAGAGGCCAAAGGUGGAGAAGCCAGUGGGUCUAGAGAGUCCAGCAGAUCCCAGGAGGAAGAUGAAGGCCAACUCUGGGGGCUGGCAGAGAAAGAAACAGUGGUAGAGGUCAAAGCAGUGAGCAGCUUGGAGCAGGAAACGUGGCAAGAAGAGGCGGGUCUGGACAGGAAAGAAAUCCAAGACGCCCAGGGCCCUUUGGAAAAAGAAGCUGUGAACUCUCUGGAAGAAGAGAUUCAGAAGCCAUCGAUUCCACUGGGAACACAGAGCCAUGAGACUGUAAGAGCUCUAGAGAAGGAGAGUCUGGAAUCUCUGAGGUCUUUGGAAGAAGAGAACUUAGAAACACUAAAAAUACUAGGAAAGGAGAAUCAAGAAUUGUUGAAGUCUUUAGAAGCAAAGGAGACGGAGGUAGUGAGAUCUUUAGAAAAAGAGACUCUAGAACUACUUAAGCCUAUAGGGAAAGAGGAUCCACAGACAUUGCCAUCUCUAGAAAAGGAGAAUCAAGAAAUAAUGAGGCCUCUUGAAGUUAAUGGAGAGACAUUUUUAUAUCCAGGAAAGGAAAAUCAAGAAUUAGUGAGAUCUUUAGAACAGGAGAACAUUGAGUCAUUGAGAACUCUAGAAAAGGAGAGUCAAGACCCACUGAGAUGUCAAGAAGUAGAGAACCAGGAAACAUUGAGACUCCUAGCCAAAGAGAAUCAAGAGCCAUUGGGGUCUCUAGAAGAAGAAGACCAGGAGACAUCAAGAUCUCUAGGGAAAGAGAAUCAUGAAUCCCCGAGGGCUCCAGAAGAUGAGAAUCAUGAGGCUUUGAGACCUCUAGAAAGAGAAAACCCAGAGUCACUGAGCUGUUUAGAAGAAGACCAGGAGGCAAUGAGACCUCCAGAAAAAGAAAACCAGGAGCUGCUGAGGUCUCUAGAAAAAGAAAACCAGGAGCCGCAGAGGUCUCUAGAAGACCAGGAGGAAAUAAGAGCUCUAGAAGAAGACCAGGAGACAGUGAGACCUCUAGAAAAAGAAAACCAGGAGCUGCUGAGGUCUCUAGAAAAAGAAAACCAGGAGCCACUGAGGUCUCUAGAAGAAGACCAGGAGGAAAUAAGAGCUCUAGAAGAAGACCAGGAGACAGUGAGACCUCUAGAAAAAGAAAACCAGGAGCUGCUGAGGUCUCUAGAAAAAGAAAACCAGGAGCUGCUGAGGUCUCUAGAAGAAGACCAGGAGGAAAUAAGAGCUCUAGAAGAAGACCAGGAGACAGUGAGACCUCUAGAAAAAGAAAACCAGGAGCUGCUGAGGUCUCUAGAAAAAGAAAACCAGGAGCCGCUGAGGUCUCUAGAAGAAGACCAGGAGGAAAUAAGAGCUCUAGAAGAAGACCAGGAGACAGUGAGACCUCUAGAAAAAGAAAACCAGGAAUCACUAAGGUCUCUAGAAGACCAGGAGGCAAUGAGACCUCUAGAAGAAGAAAGCCAGGAGCCGCUGAGGUCUCUAGAAAAAGAAAAAGAAGAGGCAAUGAGGUCUCUAGAAAACCAGAAUGCAGUGAGACCUCUAGAAGAAGAAAGCCAGGAGCCGCUGAGGUCUCUAGAAAAAGAAAAACAGGAGGCAAUGAGACCUCCAGAAGAAGAAAAACCGGAAUCACUGAGAUCUCUAGAAGACCAGGAGGCAGUGAGAUCUCUAGAAGAAGAAGGCCAGAUGACAUUGAGCCCUCUAGAAAGAGUGAAACCAGAGACACUAAAGUCUCUUGGAAAAGAUCAGGAGAUAGUUCGACCUCUUGAAAAAGAGAAUCAGGAGUUAUUACGGUCCCUAAAUGGAGAGAGUAUAGAGGCAGUGAGGUCUUUAGAAACGGAGGCUGCAGAACUACUAAAGCCUACAGAAGAGGAGAACCUGGAAAUACUGAAACCUCUAGAAAAGGAAACGGAGAGUCAAGAGCCACUGGGGUCUGUGGAAGGGAACCACGAGACACUGAGGCCCCCAGGGAAGGAGAAUCAAGAGUCCCUGGGCUCUCUGGCAGAGUGGCACACAGAGAAUUUGCAGUCUCUAGAGGAGGCCGACAAGGGAAGUCUUAGGCGCUUGGGAGAGGAAGAGAUCGUGGAGAAGGAAGAGAGUCAGGCGUCACUGAGGCCCCUGGAGGAGCAGGGGCAGGAGCUGCCACACUCUGCACAGCAGCAGACGUGGGGAGAUGCAAUGCAGCGGGACCAAGAACUGGAUCAGGACCGGCCCCCGGGGAGCGCUGGAGUGGACAGUGGGGAUGGGGCAGAGCUGGAACUGGAAGAACGGGAUCGCUUCCCUGCGCAGGGGGAGGGGGUGGAGCAGGGGCAGCUGCAGCUGACAGCCACAGGUGAGGCCUGGGGCCCGGGUGAGGGGCAGCCAGGCAGCCCUGAGCCCAGAGAGCAGAGGCUCCCAGCUGAGGGCGCCGGAGGGGCAGGAGGCGCUGCGGGCCUCCAGGACCCCGAGGAGCAGCCAGAGCAGGUGGGGGCCCUGGGCCUCCCGGCUGCCCAGGGAAUGUCAGAGGUGAUGGAGCCCGAGUUGGAAGAUGAGGAUGUGGCCCCGGGGGGGGGCCAAGCCUCCCCAGAGGUCACCUUGGAGUUAGAGAGGGCCAUGGGCAGGUCUGCGGGAGUGGAACGGGGACCCGAGCAGGAGGCAGUAAGGCUGGAGGACCCAGGUAGCCUGGCCAGAGAGGAGGCGACGGAGCCACCCCUGGGGGAGGGAGGUGUGGAGGCAAAGAAGGUACAGGGCUUGGAAGGGCCCAGAAAGGAGCUGGAGGAGGCAGGCACUCUGGAGUCUGAGGCCUCCACACUGCCGGGCAAGAGCAGAGACCCACUGGAGACUCCUAGGGACUGGGAGGAGUCAGAAUCUGGGGCCCCUGGGAAAAUAGAAGAGCCGAUCUCAGCUGAGACCUUGUGCCACGAGGGAAGUGAUACCCCGCAGCCCAGGCCCCUGAGCUCAGAGGGAGCCGAGGAGGAUGCCAAAUCGCUGCUGGGGCCCCCCAGUCUGAGGCCCACUGAGUCCUGCUCCACCAGCCUAAUCCCUGAAGAUGCCCCUGGGCCCCAGCCCCUGGCUGAGGGGAGCCAAGAGGCCAGCUGGGGGCUGGAGGGUAGGGCUGAGGUCCUGGGAAAGGCGGACGGUGAGCAGGAGGAUCUGGGCUCUGGGGGGAUCCCUGAGGGCCUCCAGGAGGAAGGGGAGGAGAGCAGAGAAGAGAGCGAGGCGGACGAGCUAGGGGAGACCCUUCCUGACUCCACGCCCCUAGGCCUCUACCUCAGGUCCCCCGCUUCGCCCAAGUGGGGCCUGCCCGGAGAGCAGAGGCCCUCCCCUCAAGGGGAGCCCGGAAAGGAAGGCUGGGGUCCUGCGGUCCCGGCCUCCAAGGGCCUUGGGGCCCAGCCCUCAGAGGAGGAAGAAGAGGAGGGAGCUGAGGAGGAGCGUGGCCGUGACUCUGAGCUGUCGGAGGAGUUUGAGGACCUGGGGACUGAGGCUUCUCUCCUUCCCGGGGUCUCCGGGGAGGGGGAAGGGGAAGAACCCCUGAGCCAAGUGCCCCAGCUGCUCCUGGAGCCUGCAGCCUGGGAUCGAGAUGGAGAGUCUGAUGGCUUUGCAGACGAGGAAGAGAGCGGGGAGGAGGGAGAGGGAGAAGAGGAAGAAGAGGGGAGGGGGCCAGGGCCAGGGCGCUGGGGGCCAGCGCCCCCUGUGGGCAGCCUCCCCGCACCGAGCGGCCCUCAGGGAGGGCCCCUCCUGGGGUCUGAGACCGUGGGUGUCAGUGUCCCCCCCUGGGACAAUGGCCCGGGGGGCACGGCACCCGACGCCCCCAUGACUGCCCCGGAGACCGAGUCCCAGAACAGCACUGAGGCCUCGGGCUCAGAGGAGGAGUCUGAUGCUGCUCCCCUGGAGCCGGAGGACCAGGCCCCUGGCCCACUGGGGACCCUCAGUGCGGUGGCGGACACCCUUGAUGGUGGUGGCCCAGGCCCCAGCCUGAAGGAAGAGCUGGAGCGCGUGAAUGGGGGCGUGGUGAACGGGCUGGAGCAGUCCGAGGGGGGAGGCCAGGGGAAACCGGGGGCGGCUGGGGGGGACCGAGGGAGCCCCUCAGAGGAGGAGGGGGCUUCCCUGAAGGCCCCUUGGGCAGGGGCUCCCCUUGACCUGGGCCAAGGCCAGUUCCUGAAGUUCAGUCAGAGAGGAGGUGAUGGAGACUCCUGGUCCUCAGGGGAGGACUAGAGAGAGCUCUCCUGCACGGAGGCAUUGGGCGGAGGGGCGUGCCCGACCCCCUCCCUGCUGGGGCAGCACCCUUAACCUGCACUCUCUUGACCUGUGGUUUCUGUCCCAGAGGCCCGGCUGGCCAAGGGGAAACGGGUGUGGCAAAGGGGCCCGGUCCAAGCGUGGAGACUCCGGGAAUAGAUGCCAGCCCCCUGGCCUCUGCAGGGCAGGGACAGCCUGCCUGCACUGCCCCGUGGGGCUGAAGCCAGCUGAAUCUGUAGGACCAGUCCCUCCUUCCCACUGCAGCUCCCUUCCUCCCAUCCCACUAGCUGGGAAAGGCCAGGGCUCAGCGGCCCCUCCAAAGGGAGGGGCUGUGGUGGUGCGUGUGCCAGGGCUUGCCAGCUCUGCCCUUCCUCCCUGCGCCCUCAUGAGAUGGUUGGCCGGUGGCUAAUGAGGGUGAGGGGGUGCUCCCGUGUUCUGACCCCCCCAUAGACCUGCCAUGUUGUGGCCCCGUCUGCCUCAUCUCUGCCUGAAUAAAGUAAUGCCUCCGCCUACAAA